AUGUCUCAAAGGUCAGUGCCAAGGGCUCAACGCGGAAGCAAUCCGCUGCUCACAGGGACCGUGCGGGCUGACGCUCUUCUCUCUCAGGCAAAGAAAUGUGAUUUUAACUUUCGGGUAGGCUGCUUAAGCAGAGGGCAUAAAAGGCUAACAGCUUUUCCGAGUCAAAAGCGGCUAAAAACACUCAGCCAUAAGUUCCGGUUUCACCACAGUACAGGGCUAAAUAAAGGGGCUCAAGGUUGGCAUGACGAAGCGUCGGGCAUCAAAGCUACCGGUUUCAAAGUUCAGUUCUAA